CCGCAUUUUUCUAAUCGCCCCCUCCUACAACGUCCGCACUGGGCCCUCAAUAAAUCGCAAUCAUGGCAGGCGACCGCUCAUCGCGUCAAGAUACCCCCCACAAGAGCUCAGGUACCCCGUCGAGCACGAAGAAAUCCCACAAGAGGAAGAGAGACCUCGAUGGCUCCACCGUCGCUAUUUCGACUCCCACGCCGACCAAGAAAUCCAAGAAAGAUCCGGAUGCUGCACCGGAGUCUACCCCGUCUCAAGAAGUCCGCAAGAAGAGAAAGCGAGUCACCGGAGCGGAGGAUGGUGCUGUUCCGGAAGCAUCGUCCACAAAGGAGAGUGCUGUCCCGCCGGUCCGCAGCGAAGCGCCUACUCCAAGCAAGGACCGCCAGCUUGAUAAAGAUAAGAAGAAGUCGAAGAGCUCCAAGCGAAGGACAUCAGGAAUUGAUAACCAAUCGUCUGAGGAAGCUACGGAUCUAGAAGAAGCUGGGAAGAAAACCGCCAAGGAGUCGAAGAAGUCUGCUCGAGCGCCAGAAUCUACUCAGGUCGAAGAUGGCGACACGAAAUCGAAGGACAAGUUUGCUGGUAUCAGGUCGAAGUUCGAGAAAUCUAUGAAAGCAAAAGAGCUGGAGAAGGCACGCAAGAAAGACACAGACGAGGCCGAGUCCACGGAAUUGACGACGGCUGAACCCGUGAUAGCGCAGGGAUUGGAGCCUCUGCCGCAGCCUGAGCAAGUACCCGAGGUGUUUGAGAAACCUACAUACUCAUCUCUUCCGGCGUGGCUGGCCAAUCCCCUGCGGACUUCGGCCACCGAGAAGGUGAAGUUCUCUGAACUUGGCAUCAAUUCGAAUCUGCUGCGAGUGCUGGAGGACAAUGGCUACAAGGAGGCCUUUGCCGUGCAGUCGGCGGUCAUACCUCUGCUGCUACAGGGCCCUAAGAACCACCCCGGUGAUGUCUGUGUGUCUGCUGCCACCGGUUCCGGAAAGACCUUAUCUUACGUCCUACCCCUGGUCACUUCGCUUGAGCAGAUUCCUGCCCCUCGGCUCCGUGGUCUCAUUGUUGUGCCAACCAGAGAACUGGUGAAGCAGGCUCGUGAGGCGUGCGAGCUUUGCGCUGCCGGCUCUGGCUUGCGCGUGGGAUCGGCGGUGGGCAACGUGGCCAUCAAGGACGAGCAGCGGUCGCUGAUGCGCAUUGACCAGGUGUACGGGCCCGCAACAUUCCAACGCCGCCAGAGUGUCAAAAUGACCGGAGACGAAUGGACCAACUUCAGCUUGCAGGAAUAUAUCUCCGACGUGGUGGAUUCGAGCGAGGCGUUGCCGGGCUACGUCCACCGCUCGGAGCCAAACGUCGACAUUCUCAUCUGUACCCCCGGUCGACUUGUCGACCAUAUCCGCUACACCAAAGGGUUUACUCUGAAGCACCUCGAAUGGCUCGUGAUCGAUGAGGCCGAUAGGCUGCUGAACGAGAGCUUCCAAGAGUGGGUCGAUGUGGUCAUGAACUCGCUGGAUGCGCGCAAGUCCCCCGAGGCGUUCGGCUUCAGCGGAACCUUCCUGUCGGAGCUGGGCCUGCCCAUCCAGAGCAGAGAGCCCAAGAAGGUGGUCCUGAGUGCGACGAUGACCAGGGACGUGACCAAGUUGAAUUCCCUCCGACUCGCCAACCCCAAGCUGGUUAUCGUCAGAGCCACUGAGGCCACCAACGAAGACGAGAGUGGCGUGAUCGCCGGCGCCGACGAGCAGUUCACUCUGCCGCCGACGCUGAAGGAGCACUCGAUCUCGGUGGGCGAUGGCUCCCUUAAGCCCCUCUACCUCCUGCGCCUCCUGCUUUCGCACAUCCGCAUCGAUGGCACCAAACAACCGACAGCCAAGGGCACAGCCGCAUCUGCCACCAGUUCCGACUCUGACACUUCGGACGAUACCUCAUCGGACGAGGAAACUUCAUCGGACGAGUCCAGCUCGGAUGGUUCCGACGACUCGGAUUCCGACUCAGACUCGGACUCGGACUCGGACUCGGACACAUCCAGCUCGGGCUCCGACUCCGACAGCGACUCCGACACUUCCUCCGACAGUGAUAGUGAAUCCGACAGCGACAGCUCCUCCUCCUCCUCCUCCGCCUCUACCACCUCCUCUUCUGCGUCCAGCACCUCUCCCACCAAACCCAAUCACCCAACCACUUCCCCUACCACCCCCACAAACAGCCCCACAGUCCUCAUCUUCACCAAAUCCUCCGAAUCCGCCUCGCGUCUCGCACGCCUCCUUGCCCUCCUGGAACCCACCCUCGCCGCGCGCAUCGGCACGAUCAUCAAAUCCAACAAGUCGUCCGCCUCGCGCAAGACCCUGACCGCCUACCGCCGUGGCAAGCUCUCGAUCAUCAUCGCCACGGACCGCGCCUCGCGCGGUUUGGACCUGCCCCGCCUGACCCACGUGGUUAAUUACGACGUGCCGACCAGCGUCACGACGUACGUGCACCGCGUGGGCCGCACCGCGCGCGCCGGCCAGACCGGGUCGGCGUGGACGCUUGUCGCGCACCGCGAGGGCAAGUGGUUCGCGCAGCAGAUUGGUCUGGCUGCCGACGGGAAGAUUGUGCGUGCUGGUGGUGGCGGUGGCGAUGGCGACAAGAAGCAGAAGGUGACUCGCGUGAGCGUGAGUUUAGAGGGUAUGAAGGAGGUGCGGAAGCGGUAUGCGGAGGCGUUGGAUGUGUUGGAGACGGAGGUGCGGAGUGGAGGAAAGACGGAGAAGGAAAAUAAGGAGAAGGAGAAGAAGAAGGUGAAGGUAUAAGGUAUAAUAAGGUCUGCCACCGCGGCAGUGCUGCAGUGUAGUUUACCACCAACUGACGUCUCAGAAGGGAGCAAGUGCAGAAGGCUUAGCAUUAAUUACCGGAGCAUUAUGGAGUGAAUAUAGAUAAAAAAUUGCACGGUUGAGGCGUUUCUUUUCUACUCACCAUCAUCAUGGUUUGACUAUACUAAGGA